CACCAACCCACGAGAGCUGCCCGAUUCGAGAAGCAGCCCGCGACUUGUCCACGCAGGGCCUUGUACCGAAACAUGGCGGCAAUGAUGCCCAGUUCUGCAACCACUGGCAACCCCUACGAUGCCGAUGCCGUGGAGCGUGAUUUGAUCGACCCAGACGAUGCUACCCUCGACGACCUGGACGACCCCCUCCAAGGCUCGUCGGACCGCGCACCGCUCACGGGCAACAUGCAGCGCGACCCGGCGCAGACACAGUCGUACCUGACGUCGAGCAUCCCCGGCGAGGACCGCCGCGCGCCCACCAACACGAUUGACGAGACGGUGUGGGAGACGCUCUCGCGAGACAUUUUCGCCAUCUGGGAGAAGAUGAAGCAGGUGCUGUACCCCAAGUACCUGCUGGGCGGCAUGAUGCAACGCGGCGGCGGCAUUGGCGCAGCAGAGCGCGGUGAAGCAGACGGCGUCGGCGGCCGUCUCAGGAACAUUGCAGGCAGAUGGCCCGACGCCGAUGCCAUUCUCCAGGGCGGCAUGAGCGAGGGACUGCGCGACUGGGACCUGUGGGGACCGCUCAUCUUCUGCUUGCUGCUGAGCCUGUUCCUGUCGUGGGGGGCCAAGGGCGACCAGAGGGACCUCGUCUUUUCCGGCGUCUUCGCCAUGGUGUGGAUCGGCGAGGCGGUCGUGACGCUGCAGAUCAAGCUGCUGGGAGGCAACAUCGCCUUCUUUCAGUCCAUCUCCAUCAUCGGCUACACGCUGUUCCCGCUCGUCAUUGCGUCGGUCCUCAGCGCCGUGGGCAUACCGGUCAUCGUGCGGAUACCCGUGUAUAUCGUGCUGAUUGUGUGGUCGCUGGCAGCCGGCGUCAGCAUCAUGGGCGGAUCGGGCGUGGUGAGGAACCGGGUCGGGAUUGCAGUAUACCCCUUGUUUGUAUUCUACGUUGCGCUAGGCUGUCUUUGCUUCAUCAGCUAGUGUGGAGCCUGCGGAGGACUGCAUGUAGUGGUAGUGUAAAAAGCCGUGUGCGGCGAGGCAGGGCAUGCUUGCUCGCCGUGCCCCCAGGCGUUCAGGAGCGGCCAGGCCAGGCCAGGGCGGCGUUGCAAAUGAAAUGUACU